GGUUGGGCUGGCGGCGCUGUGAUUGGUCUGUCAGGGCUCCGCCCCCAGCGCAUGUAAUUAGCAUCUCAUUAGUUGUCCGCACGGGCUCCGGAGGAAGCCUCCGCCGCCAGUCUGAGGCAGGUGCCCGACAUGGCGAGUGCAGUGCUGCCGAGCGGAUCCCAGUGUGCGGCAGCGGCGGCGGUGGCGGCGGCGGCGGCGCCUCCCGGGCUCCGGCUCCGGCUCCUGCUGUUGCUCCUCUCCGCCGCGGCACUGAUCCCCACAGGUGAUGGACAGAAUUUGUUUACAAAAGAUGUGACCGUUAUCGAGGGAGAAGUUGCAACCAUCAGCUGCCAAGUCAAUAAGAGUGACGACUCUGUGAUUCAGCUACUGAAUCCCAACAGGCAGACCAUUUAUUUCAGGGACUUCAGGCCUUUGAAGGACAGCAGGUUUCAGUUGCUGAAUUUUUCUAGCAGUGAACUCAAAGUAUCGUUGACAAAUGUCUCCAUCUCUGAUGAAGGACGAUACUUUUGCCAGCUCUACACUGACCCCCCACAGGAAAGCUACACCACCAUCACAGUACUGGUCCCACCACGUAAUCUGAUGAUCGAUAUCCAGAAAGACACUGCAGUGGAAGGCGAGGAGAUUGAAGUAAACUGCACCGCCAUGGCCAGCAAACCAGCCACAACUAUCAGAUGGUUCAAAGGAAACAAGGAGCUGAAAGGCAAGUCGGAGGUGGAGGAAUGGUCAGACAUGUACACUGUGACUAGUCAGCUGAUGCUGAAGGUGCGCAAGGAGGACGACGGGGUCCCAGUGAUCUGCCAGGUGGAGCACCCUGCCGUCACCGGGAACUUGCAGACCCAGCGGUACCUAGAAGUACAGUAUAAGCCUCAAGUGCAUAUUCAGAUGACUUACCCUCUACAAGGCCUAACCCGGGAAGGGGACGCGCUUGAGUUAACAUGUGAAGCCAUCGGGAAGCCCCAGCCUGUGAUGGUAACUUGGGUGAGAGUCGAUGAUGAAAUGCCUCAACACGCCGUACUGUCUGGGCCCAACCUGUUCAUCAAUAACCUGAACAAAACAGAUAAUGGUACAUACCGCUGUGAAGCUUCAAACAUAGUGGGGAAAGCUCAUUCGGAUUAUAUGCUGUAUGUAUACGAUCCCCCCACAACUAUCCCUCCUCCCACAACAACCACCACCACCACCACCACCACCACCACCAUCCUUACCAUCAUCACAGACACAACGGCGACGACAGAACCAGCAGUUCACGGCCUUACUCAGUUGCCCAAUUCCGCAGAAGAACUGGACAGUGAGGACCUCUCAGAUUCUCGAGCAGGGGAAGAAGGCUCGAUCCGGGCAGUGGAUCACGCCGUGAUUGGCGGCGUCGUGGCCGUGGUGGUGUUCGCCAUGCUGUGCUUGCUCAUCAUUCUGGGCCGCUAUUUUGCCAGACAUAAAGGUACAUACUUCACUCAUGAAGCCAAAGGAGCCGAUGACGCAGCAGACGCAGACACAGCUAUAAUCAAUGCAGAAGGAGGACAGAACAACUCUGAAGAAAAGAAAGAGUACUUCAUCUAGAACAGCCCUUUUGUUUCAAUGAGGUGUCCAACUGGCCCUAUUUAGAUGAUAAAGAGACAGUGAUAUUGGAACUUGCCAGAAAUUCGUGUGUUUUUUUAUGAAUGGGUGGAAAGGUGCGAGACUGGGAAGGCUUGGGCUUUGAUGUGUAAAAAAAAAAAAAAAUGUUCUUUGAAAAGUACACUGCUGUUUGACACCUCUUUUUUGUUUGUUUGGUUUUUUAAUUUUUAUUUCUUCCUACCAAGUCAAACUUGGAUGCUUGGAUUUAGUUUGGAUAGAUUGCAGAAAAUUCUGUGCCUUGUUUUUUGUUUGUUGCGUUCCUUUUUUUUUUUUUUUCCUUCGUACGCAUUUAUUUUUCCAAAAAAUUUUUGGAUUUUUUUUUUUUCCAAAAUCUCCCAUUUUGGAAUUUGCCUGCUGGGAUUCCUUAGAAUCGUUUCCCCCUUAUUUUGCUAUUGUUUUUACUUUCCUGUUUAUUGUUGAAGUAACUGCUUUCUGUUCAAAGUUCAGUUUCAUAAAAGGAGAACCAGCACAGUUUAGAUUUCAUAGUUCAGAAUUUAGUGUAUCCAUAAUGCAUUCUUCUCUGUUGUCGUAAAGAUUUGGGUGAACAAACAAUGAGAACUCUUUGCUGCUGCCCAUGUUUCAAAUACUUAGAGCAGUGAAGACUAGAAACUUAGACUGUGAUUCCGAAAAUGUUCUGUUUGCUGUGGAACUACAUUACUGUACAGGGUUAUCUGCAAGUGAGGUGUGUCACAAUGAGAUUGAAUCUGUCUUUAAUUCUGUAUCUGUAGACGGCUCAGUAUAGAUACCCCACACUGUCCAGAAAGGCUUGGGGUUGGAGGGGCUCCUCCUUUUUCAGUGCCCUAAACAGACCUGACAGUGAGGGCUGUUCCUUUUAUAUAAGUGGACAUAUUUGAGUUGCCACAGGAGGGGAAGUAGGGAGGGGGGGAAAGAUAGUUCUGCUCUGGUUAUUUCUGUUCCAAAUGAUUCCAUCCACCUUUCCCAAUCGGCCUUACUUCUCACUAAUUUGUAGGAAAAAGCAAGUCCUAACGGUGUGCGAAUGACUGAAUGGGACAGGUUUUUUUUUUCCCCUUUGUGCUUAGUUAGAAAGGCAGUAGGAUGUGUCCUGCAUGUACUGUAUAUUACAGAUAUUUGUCAUGCUGGGAUUUCCAACUCGAAUCCGUGUGAAACUUUCAUUCCUUCAGAUUUGGCUUGACAAAGGCAGGAGGUACAAAAGAAGGGGCAGCAUUAUUCUCACGCUGGUCUGCUGUCGAUCUCAGUUCUCAAAAGGUCAAAGCAGAGGUGGAAAAACAGCAUGUAGGGGUUUUCAGUUACUUAAUCAAAACUCAAAUGUGAGUGUUUUUAUCUUUUUACCUUUCAUACACUAGCCUUGGCCUCUCUCCUCAGCCUUAAGAACCAUCUGCCAAAAAAUUACUGAUCCUCGCAUGAUGGCAGCCAUAGUGCAUAGCUACUAAAAUAAGUUACCUUGAACAUAUCUUAGAUGGGGAGCCUUGGGAAAAGGUAGAGGAGUCAAGUUACCAUUUACAUUUUUUUAAAGAAAUGUGGGGAUUUUCACUGAAACGUCUAGGAAAUCUAGAAGUAGUCCUGAAGGACAAAAACUAAACUCUUACCAUAUGUUUUGGUAAGGCUCCAGACUCCAGACUCCAGUCCCGAUGGAAAGAUGGCAUCAAAAAAGAUAGAUCUAUAUAUAUAUAAAUAUAUAUUAUAUAACAUUUUCAGUGAGUAAUUUUGAAUUUUGCAAGGUGCAUUUUUACUAUUGUUACAUUAUGUGGAAAACUUACGCUGAUUUAUUUAAGGGGGAAAAAGUGUCAACUCUUUGUUAUUUGAAAGUGUGUUUAUUUUCCUUGUCUUUAUUUUAACCUUUGAUAGAACCAUUGCAAUAUGGGGGCCUUUUGGGAACGGACUGGUAUGUAAAAGAAAAUCCAUUAUCGAGCAGCCUUUUGUUUUCCCCUCUCCUAUCCCUAGGCACUUAACCAAGACAAAAAGCCACAAGAACAUCUCUUUUUCAAUGAAUUUUAUAAUGUGCAGCUCUAUUCCGAGCCCUUAGCACCCAUUCUGACCAUAGUAUAUCCAUAUCAAAGGGUGAGAACCAUUUAGCAUGUUGUUGAAAGGUUUUUUUCAGUUGUUCUUUUUAGGAAAAUAAAAACAAAAUGAAACCUACCAUUGCUCACAGGAUUAGCAUCUCUUUUUUGGGACCUCCCAUCUUUCUGUUUUGAAAAGUGUACAGUAGUGCAGUGUUCCUGAUGUAACUUUAUGGCUUACAAUGUUGACAUGUCUCAGGUUCAUGUGUUUUGAUUGGUGUUUUCCGUCUCAGGUAGAUUGCAAAGUGUAGGCCCCACACAUUGGAAAAAAAAUAAUAAAACAAAGCAAAAACAGGAAAUUAUGGAUUUUAGUUGUAUAUUGGUUUAUGUAUUUUUUCUUAAGUAUACAGUGCACUGUUUGAAAUGUAUUGUUGAGUAUUACUUUGUACAGGUUGAUCACUUUUUUUAGAGUGAAGAAAGAACAAACUUGUUUUUUGUGUUUUUUAAAGGAAUAUAAAAUAAUGAAGGAUGUAUAAUUGAUGCCAAAUAAGCUUGUUCUUUAGUCACACCGACGUCUUCUUUUUCCCUUUAGGCCAUUUCUGUUUUUAAGGUGUACAUGAACAAUGUUACGGUGUAAGAAACUCCAUAUUCAUAUGUUCCCAUUCGCAUUUUGUAUUGGUUCAUGUAUACCAUUUUUACAAAAAAAAAGAAAAAGAAAAAGAAAAAAAGAAGUACUAUAAAAUAUCUGUCUUCUUAAUAAAAAAAAUUAAUGUUACAAAGUGA